GCCGAACGCGAGAAUGAUGCAGUUGCGCGAGAGAACCGUGCGCAGGUGAUGUGUACCUGCGCGAGCCGCCCGCAUGCACGCGCCCUACGAGUCAUGCAGAAUAAAGUACGAACUAAAGAAGUGUGUGAAGAAGCAAGAUCUCGAUCAGGAAUGUGAGAGUAAGUUAGCUGAAAGACACACACACCUGAUACGCGCAUGCCAUGGGGAACUGCUGGGCUCAAUGUUUUGGGCUCUUUAGAAGAGAAGCAAACCGGAUCCAAAGAGGAGGAGGGUCAAAGUACUUCAAAAGUAGCACAGCUGGGGAACACUACACAAUAGAGUUUGAGAACCUUGUGGAGAGCGAUGAGGGUGAGAGCUCGCAAAGCUGCCCCAGACCUAUCAAUGAUGAAGAGAUUGGCCACCUGAAGGAGCAUCGCUACGGUGCCAUCUCAGACAAACAGGUGCUGAUGGAUGAAAAGCUGAAAGCAGAGUUAGUGGCAGAAGAGGAGAAGUUAAGGCUAGAAGAGGAGGCAAUAUUUGCCGCCCAGCGCGAGGCAGCGCGGCUCGCUAAGGAACGAAAGCUAAAGGAGGGGAAGCAGCCGUCACAUAAGAUGAAACUCAGGACAGAAGCGGAGAGCAAUGAACCUCGACACAAAGCCAAAUUGUCAGACGGAGAGUUUGAUGUGUACCUGCAGGGUGUGAAAGCACAGUCUGAAGCCUUUCGUACUAACAGACUCAGCUCUGAAACGAAUGUGGUGACUCCAAACACUGAGAGCAGCUGGGACUAUACCAGUAAAACUGACGCCACAUCACUGGAUUUGGAGUGGGAGGAUGAGGAAGGAAUGAACAGGAUGGGUCACGCAUGGGAGCGCUCCAAAACGGAGGAGGACAUUUUACGGGCAGCUCUUCGCCCGGGUGGAAAACAGUUGAGCAGCGGUCCUACCUCCACAUCGGAAGACUCAAACGCUCUUGAAUGGGAGAACGAUUUUGUCAGCGCUCAUGCCGAGGACAGCGGUGAUCGUGGUGAUGAGGACUUUGAAGGGUUUGUUAAUCCAGUACUGGACACGCCCACUGAAGAGGCGGAGCAUAAAGUCAACUCUGAUCAACAAGAAAGAUAGUCCGUGUGGGACGUCAGUUAUACUUCAUUUAAAUGCAAGACGUCUAAAACUUGACUCAUGACAUGCAUGAAGGUAAUUCAGAGAGCUUUACAAAGAAAUAAAUCAUUUCUUUACAAUAAGGUUGUAUUUGUUAACAUUACAUGUAGUAGAUGCAUUAACUAACAAGAACAAACAAUGAACAAUAUAGUUUUUCAACAUGUAUUAAUUCUUGUUAAUGUUAGUUAACGUCAAUACAGUUAUUUGUGUUAGUUCAUGUUAGUGCAUUAAGUAAGGAAUAAUUGACGACGGGCUGUCAUAAGGUGGUUAUGCCGUUACACUGCGGGUGUGCAUUAUUUUCAAAUAAUUUAAAGGACCAGAGUCAAUUAUUUCUCUUAUACCACGAUUACCAAAAAUAUUGCUGGUCAUUUUAAAAGUUAUGUGAAAAAUAAUCCACACCCAUGGAACAUUCUCAACCAAUCAGAAUAAAGCAUUCAACAGCCCCGUGGUAUAACUACUGUUAACAGAUGUCUUAGUAAAUGCUGAAAUUAACAUGAACUAAGAUUAAUAAAUGCUGUAGAAUUAUUGUUCAUUGUUAGUUUAUGUUAGCUAAUUCAUUUUUAGCACGGACAUGAUGAAUAUAAAAAAUACAAGGAACAACACACAAAAGAAAUAAAUGACAUGUUGAGGGGAAUCUAAUGAAAACACAUUUAGGUAUUAUUUCAAACCUAAAAUAUUAUUUUUUUAAGGAAAAUGAUGUAUGUCCAAGAUUUUUGUGACAAGAAAACCUAUUUCCCAACAAUUCUCAUUACUGGUCAGUCUAAACCGUUUCCCUCACAGGGCUUAAGUUUAGUCAAGACUAAAAGACAUGUUUUAGCCGUUUUAACUGAAAGCAGCUUGCACUGCAAAAAAUAUCAUUCCCAUUUAUAUUGAUAUAAUUUGUCUCAAGAUGCAGACCAGUAAUGGUUUAGAUAUUUUUGGAAAGGUUGCUAAAUUGUCCUACAACUAAGGCCUAUUCCAGGAUUAGUCCUGGAAAACUGACCCUUUAUCUUUAAGUUGUGUAACUUGUAAUCUUUAACGGUUUUAUGGCUUUAUUGACACAAAAAUUACAAUGAACUUUUUUCACAAAUUAAAAAAACACUUGAUCGUAGGAUUUUAAAUUUUGACGAAUCAAAAAAAAAUUUUUUGUUUGAUGUAAUGGUGAUAAUCUCCACGUGUUCGUUUGGUUGCACGAGAUGGCCUUUAGUAUUUAGCAGAUACACAUUUAGUAGUCCUCAGGUUAAUAUUACACUUUUAAGAUUUAAAAUGCACCUGUAUUUUAUUUGAUCUGAUUUUUCUCAAAGUCCCAAUCCCAAACUUUAAAUUUUUUGUUAGUUUUAAGUUUUUAACUUGGUUCAGUCUGAUUGCAGAGGUUGAUUAUUACAAAACUGAAUGAAGUGCAAUUGUAGAAGAUGGAUGCAGAUUAAUGAAAGCAUCUUUAAGAUCAUUCAUGUGAGCCACUUAUGUUUUUUUACAGACAUGUAACUGCUGUAACAUCAUGUUAUAAAACAUUGUUCUGAGUCUGAUCUACUGUGUACAAGACACUGCACAACAUUUUAAGGGAAAACCCUUAUGACCGACACUUAUUGCCUCAAUAGAAAAGUGAAUUAAAGUAUAUUAACAUGACACAAGUGCUUUUAAAAUGACCAUUGUUAACUGCCGACUGUGUUUUCUGGGUCAAAGGUUUUGUGAUGUCUACCACUAAUUCACAACUUUGACAAAAAGACAUGAAAGAGGGAAAAUACUGUGUAACGUAAAUAAAAAACAGCUAGGCACAAAGUUCUUACGUAUUCAGAAUGCAUUUGGUAUUUUGAUAUUCAUUGGCUAAUUAAACACAACCCUCUUUGGUUGACCUCAAUACAUAAAUAUCCUGAUAUGCUUUAAUGUUUUCAUGAAUGUGAUGAUGUGUAUAUAAUGGAUUGUAAAUUGACACUAAAGGCCUUUAAUAUUAGAGACACGAGUUGUUGUAGUUGUAGGUCUCUGAAGAUGGUGUUUUGAAAGAGACUUGUUUUAAAUAUCAUUACACCCGAGAGUCUUUUGUACAGCACAGUUAUUUUUCUUCUUCCAUCAGCUCAUCUAUUUAUGUCAUCUGUAUGUACGAUAUCCACCGUGUGAUCAUGGCAGUGUUUGAUUCUUUUAAUGUUAUCGGUUAUGUUUAAGUGUUCGGCUCAUGCUGUUUGAAGAGUUUGGGAGCCUGUGUGCAUUUGCAAAGGUAUGCAAAUAAAAGUUUGUCUGGUUUAAAUAAAAAAUUUAAGUAAAAAAUUCUUGAACAUUCAAAGAUAGGAUGAGUGGAUUUAUAGACAUAGAGUUUCCCAACUCUUCAACAGAACCUAAAAACUUUGCACAGAUUUGUUUGUAAAAAAUUUCCCUUGGUUGAGUGUUUGUGACAAAUGUUGGUUUCAUAUGAAUUGAAUGUAACUAGUUUUCAUAUCAAAUCUUCACCCUGGGUCUGACUGCAAAUAAAAGGAAAAUGACUGUA